AUGAGCAGCCAGCUGGUGCUAACACCUCCCCACAAUCCACUGCCAAAAGAGCCGCUCAGGCUGGUGGGAGGGGCCAGUCGUUGUGACGGGACAGUGGAGCUCAGACACAGAGGAAAGUGGGGACGCGUGGGGAAGAGAGGAGGAGUCUGGACCGAGGAGGACUCAGCUGCUGUGUGCAGAGACCUGGACUGUGGGUCUGCUGUUUCUGGAGAUGAGAGAGAUGGUUUUCCAGACAGUCCUUCAUGGGAUAUCUCACCUGUCUGCAUGAAGAGGAGGAAGACUAAAGUGAGAGACUGUGUUUAUGACGACACUGUCUCCUCCUGGUUAGGUGCGGAGGUGAUGUGUUCAGACUUACUGAACCGUCCAGUCCUGUCCCUCUCUGUGACUGUGGGGGCUUCCCAGGUCCAGGACUCCCAGGUCCAGGUCUCCCAGGUCCAGGUCUCCCAGGUCCAGGUCUCCCAGGUCCAGGUCUCCCAGGUCCAGGUCUCCCAGGUCGGGGUGCAGGUGGUGCGUGUGCAGUUGGGGUCUCAGUUCUCGGUCCAGUGCUCGGUGAAGCCUCAGUUCCCAGGAGGCUCCUUCCAGCUGCUCUCUCCCUCUGGGAACCACACCCUGCCUGCUGUCAAUCACUCUGCACACUUCCUGUUCAAUCACACUGGCCCCGCCCACAAAGGAGACUACACCUGUGUUUACCACCUACAGGUGUUCAACCACAGCUUCACCUCCGAGAGCGAGAGACUGGAGCUGAGGCUGGGAGUUCAAUGGUUUAACCUGAUCAUCAGAGUCCUGAUUAUUCUACUGAUAACUCUCCUGUUCAUCCUGCCACUGUGCUACUGCUACUACAAGAGGGAGGGGAACGACCCGGGGGAGAGGGCCCAGAGGGAGGGUAGCGACCCGGGGGAGAGGGCCCAGAUGGAGGGGAGCGACCCGGAGAGGGCCCAGAGGGAGGGGAGCGACCCGGAGAGGGCCCAGAGGGAGGGUAGCGACCCGGAGAGGGCCCAGAGGGAGGGUAGCGACGACCCGGAGAGGGCCCAGAGGGAGGGUAGCGACCCGGAGAGGGCCCAGAGGGAGGGGAGCGACCCGGAGAGGGCCCAGAGGGAGGGGAGCGACCCGGAGAGGGCCCAGAGGGAGGGGAGCGACCCGGAGAGGGCCCAGAGGGAGGGUAGCGACCCGGAGAGGGCCCAGAGGGAGGGGAGCGACCCGGAGAGGGCCCAGAGGGAGGGGAGCGACCCGGAGAGGGCCCAGAGGGAGGGGAGCGACCCGGAGAGGGCCCAGAGGGAGGGGAGCGACCCGGAGAGGGCCCAGAGGGAGGGGAGCGACCCGGAGAGGGCCUAG